CAGAAAACAAAUCGUUCGUUCACCUUUUGUCCGACAUUUUAAGAUAGGGGUGACACCUUUGAUGGCCCAGUUGUCUCUGCAUUGCAAUUUUCAAAUGCGCGAGUGUCCCAACCUAAAGCAGCGAACUCAUCGGAAAGACAAUAAUUUGUAAAGGCGACAUAAGGCACACAACGAUACCAUCUCAAGCCAAACCUAGACUUCAGACCGAAAAUUUCGAUCGCAAAGCGCCAGCGCCAGCGCCGAAGACUGUGUCGCAACCAUCAAUUGCACGCACUAUGCAAUCACCGAUGGCUAUCACGACAGAAAUGUCGCAACAAAUCGACUUUUCGAAUGUGCAAGGAGAAAAAUCCAGCUUCUAUGAAGUCUGCAAGUUGCGAUAUCGACAUUUGAAGGAUGUUCAGCGCGGGAGACGAUAUCGUAAGCUCCAAUCGCGAAUCCCCUCAUACAGAUCACCUUCAGGUAGAAGAAAGCCACUCGAAAUAAUAUUGGAAUCUUGUGAUGUGACUCUCAGAAUAGAAACACGGAGAAUCAGCUUCAAUGACCAGCUCCAGACAACAACAACAUAUUCCAAAAAUGUAUAUGAUCGUUCUCCGAUUGCAACAGCGCACACGGAAAAUCAAUCUUUGCAUUUGUACAUGGAUCUCGUCUGUUUUAAAUUAACAGAAAUGAAGUUGCACAUGGACUCCGUCAAUAGCAUUAAUCUUCACAUGGCGAACACGGAUCCGCAAGACCUGAAUAUAAGAAAGCAAAUUAUACACGACAUACUAGCGGCUAAUUGGGGCUCGUCUGACUUGUAUUGAGAUGCGUAUCCCCGGGGACUGUAUGCGAGUAAAAUUUUCUGCUACGGUUAAUUCCCUUUGCAAGUGAAAGUUUCAAAGGCAUAUUUGUAGUAUAAGAUUGAGCAACUUCUGAGCAAGUUAUACUAUCUUGUAGGCGAGAAGUUCGAUAUAUUCCGUCCCUUUUUUAUGGGUCUAGUCUAAUUGCUCAGAAUAUAAAUAGAAAGUAGCGUAGGAGCGAAAUAUAGUCUUCAAUUGGCAUUAGAACUCUAAGUAAAAGUCAAAAUUAUCUGUGAACCAAUGUACUUCAUAAUAUAGUCAGCCUCCGGUGUGAACUCCGUGUAAUGAUCGCAAAUCGCAAGAAUAAAAGUACUCUGACUAUCAACGU